CGUCAGCGUUAUUCUGACAAUCUCGAUAAGGAAGGACGAGGGGGUUCCAACCGACGUAAACUUCAAGCAAGAACUACAAAACAGACUCCAAAUUGAGAAGAGGGUAUAAAAUGACGUGUAUUCCCAGAUUUUAAAAUCAUAUGUGAAAUAUCAUCAGUAUUGGAAAUCACGUUGCUGGAUAGGAGCAAUACUUAGAUUUCAACCCAUUGCUUUAUGCCAACAAGUAACCCGCUCUUCGUCGAAUGGAGAAUAGAACAUUGUUUUCGCAAAGACCCGACUAACGUAAGAUGUCUCCUGUGCAGACACGAAAGACGUGAUAUGUCUCCUGUACGAAAGACACGAAAGGCUUAGCAGAGGAUGGAACGCACUAAGAAAAACCCCGUUAUAGAAAAACUAACAUGUGGACUUCAGAAAGACUUCCAAAAAUUCGCAGUAGAGAUAGGGUACUCAGAGGAACAGUUGACAGAAUUCGAAAGAGUCUAUUCUGAACCAGAGGUGUAUCGAAAUGUGUUGCUGACAAGGUGGUACGACACUGCAGGUCGUCAUACAACAAAAGAAAACCACAUCAUAUAUAAAGCUUUACUAGCUAUUGAGCUAGCUGAUUUAGCGUCUACCUGCUUCUGUGGGCGUGUACCCGAUGUUCAUUCUGAGGAAAUAUUGGAGGAUUUGUUCGCAGACGUAAAGAAAAUUGAUGUUCCUUCAGCAAAAUCACAAGAGGAUACAGACCUCCAGCUUCCUGUACGAUCUAAAAAGGCAAAAAAGAAAAGAAAACGGAAAAAUGGAGGUGUACCCGUUGUUCAUUCUGAGGAAAUAUUGGAGGAUCUGUUCGCAGACGUAAAGAAAAUCGAUGUUCUUUCAGCAACAUCACAAAAGGAUACAGACCUCCAGCUUCCUGCACGAUCUAAAAAGACAAAAGAGAAAAGAAAACGGAAAAAUGAAGGUGUACCCGAUGUUCAUUCUGAGAAAAUAUUGGAGGAUCUGUUCGCAGACGUACAGAAAAUCGAUGUUCCUUCAGCAACAUCACAAGAAGAUACAGACCACCAGCUUCCUGCACGAUCUAAAAAGACAAUAGAGAAAACAAAACGGAAAGAUGAAGGUGUACCCGAUGUUCAUUCUGAGGAAAUAUUGGAGGAUCUGUUCGCAGACGUAAAGAAAAUCGAUGUUCCUACAGCAACAUCACAAGAAGAUACAGACCUCGAGCUUCCUGUACGAUCUAAAAAGGUAAAAGAGAAAAGAAAACGGAAAGUGGAAGGUGUACCCGAUGUUCAUUCUGAGGAAAUAUUGGAGGAUCUGUUCGCAGACGUAAAGAAAAUCGAUGUUCCUUCAGCAACAUCACAAGAGGAUACAGGUGUACCGGAAAUAUUGGAGGAUCUGUUCGCAGACGUAAAGAAAAUCGAUGUUCCUUCAGCAACAUCACAAGAGGAUACAGACCUCCAGUUUCCUGUACGAUCUAAAAAGGCAAAAGAGAAAAGAAAACGGAAAGAUAAAGGAUUGCAGAUGGUAUCCGAAGAAUCAGAGGGCAUCGUUAUGAUUGGGACAUACAACACAGUGACCGUGAACAAUUUUGUACAACCUUUGAAAACAGGUUGUCCUGAAGAAGAUGAAUGUUUGAGCAUACUAAAAGACAUACUGGACUUCACCGGUGAUAACUUUCACGGAAAACGUCAGAUGAAAUUGCAAAGUUUGGAAACCUGCUUCAAACAAAGAAAAGGCAAGCCAUUCAAAGAGAUAAAGGGUAUUUCAAUGAUUGAUUUUUUGAGGCGAUCAAACUCUUCGUUGCACUUAAUACAAACUAAAGAUCAAUGGUUUGUACAUAUGAAUCAUGGUAUUAAGAAAGAGGGAGUUAGUGCCACAAAGGUUAAGGGUAAGAUCCCAACAACAGAGCAUACACCAGAAUCUUCUAAAUAUCUUCCAGAUAAAAUAGAUAGUGUGUCUCAAAAUAAAACAUCAAUGCCAAAACGUAAAGAAAAUGUCAUUCCCCUAAAAUCGACUUUCGUUAGACCAAAGCGUGAAAUUAAAGAUCUUCCAUUUGAGCCAAACAAAUGCUCAGCAUUCGACGACUUCUUUCGUAAAGUUGGAUAUUUUCAGGAAAACGAAUAUAUCCUGAUGAUUCCAAAAAUAGAUCAUACAAAGCAUGAAAAUGCCUUAGCAAACAUUCCUUGGCUCUGCGUUUUUGACUUCGACUCAGAAAGCCAUGCAAAUGGUUUGUAUCACCGAGUUGAAGAAACUUUCAGAAAACAUCGAAAUUUGAUGACAUGUACAUGGAAAGAUCAACCGAACAUCACAGCAUGCGGGACUGAGUGGUGCUUUGUUUCAGGUUCAACACACGACCCAGAGAGUACAACACCUCAUCGUAACUGCAAACAAUGGUAUGUUAAGGUACAACAGCAUUUAACAGAACAUAUCAAAGGUAUAGCAAAUCAUUUGGAUACAGUCUUGCCAUUAACUGUAGUUUUGUUUUGGCCUGAAGACACCGUAACGGGCUUCCAAUUUGAAAAAGUCAUAUCGUGUAUCAAUUGUCAAAUAAGGCCUCUACCACAGGUAGCUGUCAUUGGUAAUCCGCCUGGUAAACACGAAAUUAUAAUUGAUCAGAUCGAUCCCGAUUACUUUCUUCAUGAAAAACAUGAGCACGUACUACAUGACUUGGCGACAAACCUAGGUAGAGGACAAAUCGGAAAGCAGUUGCAAUAUACACUCCCGACAGAUGAUGGUACAUCGUUUACUGAUAUUAGUGAGUCUGAAGCAGCAAUUUUCAAAGAGGACAUGCAUGUUUUGUAUUGCGACAACCCAUACAGGACGGACUGGGCUGAUCUCAAUAAACCGGAAGAACAGGAGCGGUUGUUCUUUAAGGGUGGGACGUUAAGUUGGCAGGCAUACUACGACUAUGGUCCAGAUCACUUUUACGAUGCGAGAGAUCUUCUCGUUACUAUUCUAAAAAGAAUAAAAACUGAUUUCGUAGACGAAUUUCAAUCCGGAACAAUCAAGCUGUAUCAUGCACCGGGGGCAGGAGGAACCACCCUUGGACAAAAGGUUCUUUGGGAAUUACACGAAUCUACGCCGUGUUUACAAAUACGAUCAGAUACUUCGUCAGAUGUUAAAGACAUAGCAGAGAACAUUGAAAUAAUUUACCGGAAAAAAAAUCGGCCUGUUGUAGUUAUGUUGGACGGGCCUGACGACAAACUGUUUGACCAAUUAAGGCGACAUCUAAAGAUCAUCACUGUUAUCUUUCUUCUCCUUAAGAGAGUUUCUGAUCAUAUGGACACAAGACAUUUUGAUCGUACUCAAUUUUUGCUACCUGGCACGUUGUCUCCGAAUGAAGCAAAGCGCAUUUGCCCUAAAUUUUGCCGGUUUUGUGACAAUAACAAGAAGAAAGACCAAAUCCAGACACUUUUAGAUGAGGUUGUUGCAGGAAAGAAGCACCACCUGAUAGAGUUUGGAUUAGUGACAUAUCUCGGUGAAUAUACGGGAGUCGCUGCCUUCGUGGCAGGGUAUCUUCGACUGAAUCAACAGAACAAGGAAUUGGAGAUUUUUCAAAAGGUUCUGGGAUAUCUUUCCCUCGUGCACUUUUUUGGUCAUGCAGCAAUGUCCAUUCAAUUUUUCUCUAAAAUGCUUGAAAAUUUGCCAGAUAAAAAGGUCAGUUUUCGUCAACUUCCUCAAAAUGUCCGGGAAUUCGUUGUUAUGGAAGACUGCAGACAAAACAGCAUUCGCAUCUGUCAUUUUUUGAUCGCUAAGGAAAUACUGGAACAAAUUCUUUCAAGGGAACAAGUCAACACAAAAGGUCAAGAUUUAAGCGAUGAAGCAAAACUGAAACUUCAACCCUUUGCGCUACAGUUCAUUUAUGAUUUGAAAUCAAGACAGGUUGAUAUAGGAGUAAAAUCACGAGCUGUAUUUGAAAUAAUUCUUCAGACCUUCAUACAACGCGAGAACUUGAUGAAUGAAGCUGACAACCCCAUUCGCAACCACCCUGCUCGAUUUUCACGACUUAUAGAAAGUAUACCUUCCAAACAGCCGUUUACUGAACGUUUAGAAGUGUUCGAGGCUAUCGCAAAUUCUUUUCCAGAAAACCCAAGUUUCUGGGCUCAUCUGGGAAGGGCAUUUGCACUUUUGCGGCUGCAUGAAAAAGAGAAAAUAGAGGGGUUCUUUCAGAAAGCCUUCGGUUUAUGUCAUAAUGAAGAGGCGACAGAGGUUCAGUCGACGUCUGAGUCUUAUGACGAACAUGAACAAGACGAUACUGUGCUCAGCUUUAUACAUCACAUGUAUGGUAUAUUUUAUCUAGCAAAAAUCAAUCAGCGCAUUAAAGAAUGCAAAAGUCUGAGAUCAGAAAUGCAGUUUCAAGAGGAAAUAAGAAAGUUGACCAAAGACGCUGCAAUAGGAUGUCGUGCGUUCGAAGAUUCCACCAGAUACAGUUACGCUGGUUAUCAGGAGUCAUUUGGACGUAUGGGGGAGAUAUCCAUUCGGUUGCAAAUAUGCAGUUUCCUGAAAACGCAUUACAGAUUUACCACAAUCCAAGAGCUUCUUGAUAAAUCAAAAAAUGCUGAUAUCUGGUCAUUUGUUAAGGAAAGUUUGCCCAAGAUACAACAACUAUUCGUCCAGUGUCAUAACGUGGUUGACGCUGCUGAUGCCGAUGCAGCAUUUUACGCAAAAGUUCAACAAUACAAUGAGAUAUUCAAAGGAAUGGUGCCUGCUACAGAUAUAGAACAUAUCAAAGUGCCUGAUACUAUAGAAACAAGACGAGAGGUACUGGCGGCUAUCAAAAUCAAGUAUGGAAAGGAUAAUCAUCUUGGCACUGUUGAUGAUAUAUCUGACGAAUCAGAUGUCAGUCACGUUGUUUACCUGUUGGAACGGAAUCUGAAUGAGUACGGCAGAGGGACAAGACAUACAUCAUCUCGUAUGAGCUUUGAUUUUGAAUUUCUGGAUUGGAUCUACGCCAUCAGGCAUCCGAAACAGCAGAAAAUAUACUCUGUAGAAUAUGUUUUAACACAGGUUCGUCACUGGAACACACUUCUGCAUAGUCCAUAUUCCACGUUUUACCUUUUCAUUCUCCUCAGUGUUUACGGAAUCAAUCAGAAUGCAAUACAAUAUCUCGAAGAAGCAAUGAUUUUGAAGAGCACUGAGAAAUUCAAAUAUCUAAAUAAGAAGAUCCCAAAUUCUAGAACGCCAAAGGAAUGGCUUGCAACAGAAUACGGCAUCAGGCGCCUUCAACCAGGAAAGAAUUUUCAGCGGAUGGAAUCAUUGGACAUCGUUGACGAUGACACAGCGGUCGAGAGGCUACAGUUGGUUAAAGGAACAAUAAGAUAUCCAAACAAACUUCGACAAAAGGGUUACAUCGACCUCGACAUAGAAGCAAACACUGACGUACCAGUACAUGUUUUCUUCCAUCCAAGUCGCACAGAACAUCAACUUGUCGGUACUCACAAUGCAGGAGUUCGUGUGGAAUUUAUGUUGGCUUUUACUGUACAAAAUGGGUUAGAAGGAUACAACGUGAAAAAAUUAGCAAAAUUGAGGUGCAUUAAUUGUGAAUUGAUGACGGAGAUAUUUAGCAACGAAAGGGCUCGAAAGUGCAGAUUUUGUUGAGAUCUCGUAGAAAAUCCUACCGCCUGUAGAUGUGAUUAAUCUUUUCUAUCAGAACCAAGAAAACAUAAUGUGAUAUUAAUAAUCUGGUAGGGCAGACUCUAGUUUCUGCAUAAUGGUUAUUUUAACAUGUUGUUGAUAUCAAAACGGUUGAAAGGGACACACGUAGCUGUUCUCUGAUAUUUUCGAUGUUACGGAAACGGAAAAAAGCGGAUAAAUAUAACUUACCAUUAUAUCUAAAUAUGAAAAUUUUGGGUAUACAUUCUAAAUAUCACAUGUGUUUAUGGCUUUUCUUUUUCUGUUAUUGUUAAAUGUAAUGGUUAUAAAGCAGUAUUGAAUCACAUUUUCCGGAUUCAGAAAGAGCAAAUUUCCCUAGUAGGACAUUUCUGAGAGGAACUAAUGACCUGUUUAUACUAGUCUAAACCCUGUCGGUAAAGGUACGAAAGGCCAUUAUCAUAUAUAUUCACGAACUGUGCAGCAUUUUAAAUGUUCAAUACAUUGUUUUUAAUAAAAUAACCACAUCAACCUAUUUUCAGGGGAAGAAAUCAGCUACAUGUAUCUGAAGAUUAUUUACACAUCUAUUUUAGGAAAUACUGUUGUUUGAAGAACCAUACGACAGCUUUCAAUUUUUUUGAAUUAGUCAUCUAACAUCCAAUUUUCAAAGAGUACACAAUUAAAGACAGAAACUUUUCCUUGCUGUUUUGUCGCCUUUGUUUAUCUUAUAGCUAUAGAUUUUAGCAGAGUUUUAAUGCUAAAAGCAGCUAAAAUGCACAAAAAAGGGAACUCUGGAUUGCUCACUGCAAUAUAAUUCGUGUUGCCUAUUUUUUACCAUGAUGUUUAUUGAUUAUUGAACAAAGUUUAAAGAGCGACGAUCUUCUUACUUUAACCAUAGAAGAAAGAAAAUUGUAUAUUUCAUAUUACAAAUCAUCAUGUUAAGUUUUUAAACAUAUGAUUUAAGGAGUCAUGCUACUUCGAUUGCCUGUCAAUUUUAAGUUCCACGUGUUAUUGAAUAAUUUUAACGUAUCUUUUGAGAGAUGAGUAUUUAUUUUUAUGUACAAAUAUAUAUUCUGUGUGCCAAUUUUUUUUAACAUUACCCCAUAUAGAUGUAAACAUUGUUUUGUUGUGGCAUGGAAAACGGAUUUAAUAAAUUGAAUGUUUAUUGUGUACUGCCUGUAGGUUUUGUCUAACACUGAGGAAAUUCAGUAAGCCUUUCUUCUUGUGAUAUAUUCAUUCGUCUUGAUAUGUUUUAUUCAUACCUGCAAUUAGCUCUGUAAUCAAUAGUUGAUUUUUCAUCCUCGCACACAGGCAAGUAUGAUAGUUUAGUUUGUAAUGGUCUUAUACCUGGAUGACUCCUUAAGAUCAGGCAAGCUUGCAUCGAGUAUAUGUCACUGUUUCUUAAACGUUAAAUAUGAAACAAGUUGUGAAGAGUUCACCCAUUAUAAAACUUGUUAGCUUGGCCUAAAUGUCAGUCAUCAAGCUAACAAUUUGUUAAACAUUGGUCACAUGGACUUGUUUAUGUGAGUUUUUUUCAAUUACCUUCACGAUAACGCUGACUUAUACGGAUUACAUGAUAAAGUCAUACUUAAAGAUGCUCAUCUACUCAAUUAUUUUUUAAUUACCACUUAUUUACUAAAAAUAUUCAAAACUUUAAAUUUUCAUUUUUAGAAAGAUUAAAUACUUUUCAGCAAUUCUCUGCAAAUUAUAUACUAUGUAUAUGUCAGGAUGCACGGUAGUCCAGUGGUAGGACGCCGGGCGCGUAACCGAAGGGUUGCG